CUAGAAACCAAGACCAAGAUUCCAGACCCAAGAGCUGCUAAUCGGAACCAUCGGUCGAUGAAUGACAUCUGCGAAGCUUUUUUGCAGAUUUCUUCCUUCUCGACUACAAUUCCACGCUUUUGAUUUAUUCUUGUGUCCUUGAAAUGUUGAGUUCUUGAUUGAAGUUCUCUAGUCACUCGUUUGGUCGCACCAGCCAGCCUCCGAGACCCUUCAACCAGGAUUCCCAGCCUCAUUCGAUCAACGCUCAGACAACCAGAAACGAAGAAACAACACAUCGAGAUUCCCAAAACAAGACCCGAAUGUGAUUCUUCCCAUCCGCCAUCAAUCCACUACGUCUGCGAGAUCAAUGACUUCGCAGUCUCGAUUCCAUCAUGCCUCUCAUGCCAGGCUUGUUUCGCAAGGCGCAGGUAUCUGAUGUAGACCUACGGAGACACUCCUACUAUGCUGCCGACUCGAACAAUCAGCCACGAGGACCCCCCCUCGAUGGGAGAGCCAGUGAGCAGAUUCCACGAAGGCCAUCUGCAGCAGAGUUUCUAUCGCCAUCGUCUGCCGCAGAUGAACCAGCACCAGCGAGGAUGUCAGCUGAGGCAGACGAGGGGCUUCAACGUUCGACAUCUCCUCCGGUACAAGAGGAGAGCCAAAAACAUCGUCGCUUCAGCAUGUUGAAGUUUAGACAUGCCUCCGACUCUCAAUUGUCUACUAGAGCCCGUCUCCAUGCCCAAACUCAGGCCGACGCUCCUCCACUUCCACGUCCUCCUGAGAUCAUCACCACGGCGCCAACUAUGGACAUGAAUGCUACGAAGUCAAUCAAGACAAAGAAGUCCAGGAUGAAAAUGCCAAGCCGUACCAAAUCUUCCUCAGCAGACACCGCUAUUGAAGCACCAAUGUCCCUCAGAGUUACGAAGAAUGAGAAGAAGGAAAGAAGGAAAACAAUGUCGGAGACCGCUCCGUCCGGUAGCAAAGGCAGAGUUACAUUCGAUGAGCCUGAAAACCGUCCACAAACUCAAGCAGGCCACUCACCUCCCGCUUAUGGAGAUGAAGCCAAUUCGACUUUGGCAUUACCAAUCAAUCGAUUGUCCGAGUCUUCAAGAUCAGAUGGAAGCUCUGGUGAACAUGGAGUAUAUGCCACGACCACGACUACUACGCACACAGUCCAUACCACCACUACCUUCUUUCGGCUCCCUCGCAGGAAGAAGCCGGCACCGUUAUUUAAUCUUUCGCAUCUCCCUCAAAAAUCCAAUCCUCAGAACCCAGCUGCUUCUCGCACGUCUGUAAGUUCUGCAGGGGUUCCACCACCUGAAUCACCCAUUAUUACGGCGCUUCGUUCUCCUUCGGUUGACAAUGUGGGACUGGGUUCGCAUGGUGGAUCCCAUUCGCCUCUACCCUCACCUUCUCACAGUGCAUUGGCCAAGUCCUCAACUGCUUUUGCUGUCCCAGGUGCACCUUUGUUCAGGCAAGGCUCAGCUGCGUCGAAUAGAUCUUCUCCUUCGCGAGCAAGACUUGGUAUGCGAGGUAGAUCUUCGACUUUGAGCUCUUUGCGAAAUGUCCCAAGCGAGGAUCCUUUACCGACACCAACUUUACCAUCCACACGUACUUCUACUUCGACUGGCAGAAAGAGCUUUGGCGACUUGUUUGGAUUGUCUCACAGGCUACGGCAAAAUUCUGAGCCGCCCUUUCAUCAUUCGGGACCUGCAACCCCGGGUUCGAGUACUUCGAAGAACAACUCGAUACAACUAACACGUGAGCCUGUCCCUCCUAUCGUUUUGCCAGAAAGACACGAGGAUGAUACACCUGCAAAAUACCUAGUUCGCCUUGAGGAAGCUGUUAGUCGAGGCGUUGUAGCUAGUGUGCUUUCAAAAGGCACUGAUAACUUCUCGCAAGCGGUUCUUCGAAGCUACAUGCGUGGCUUUGGUUUCUUCGGUGACCCCAUGGACAUGGCGAUUCGUAAACUCCUGAUGGAGGUAGAAUUGCCAAAGGAGACUCAGCAAAUUGAUAGGUGCUUGCAAGGUUUCGCGAAUCGAUAUCAUGAGUGCAAUCCUGGAAUCUACGCAUCGCCUGACCAAGCUUACUUCAUAGCUUUCUCACUGCUUAUAUUACACACUGAUGUUUUCAACAAGAACAACAAGCAUAAGAUGCAGAAGCCAGAUUAUUUGAAGAACACUCGUGGGGAGGGUAUCUUUGAUGAGAUUCUAGAAUGUUUCUACGACAAUAUCUCCUACACUCCUUUCAUUCAUGUUGAGGAUGAUCUGGAUAUCAACGGCGAGCGCAUCAUUCAGCAUAAGAUGAAGAAGAAGUCCAUCUUUCCUCGUGGCGCGGCUGACCCAGCCAAAAGACCAUCAAAAGAUCCUGUGGAUCCUUACACUCUCAUAAUUGAUAGCAAGCUCGACACACUGAGACCAAAUCUCAAAGAGGUAAUGUAUCUAGAAGAACAUUACAACUACCUGGGAACCGCUCCAAGCCUGAACCUGCAAGACUUGCAGAAAACAUUUUUCCGAACUGGAGUCCUUCAAAUUGUCUCUGCGAGGUCAAGACCAGACGCUUUCUUGAAUGCGAACACGCUUCACAAUCCUUCGUCAGCCCAGGAAGCACAUCCUGGUAUUGUGGAUAUUAAGAUCACUAAGGUUGGCUUACUCUGGCGGAAGGAUGCCAAGAAGAAGAAGACGAGAUCUCCAUGGCAAGAAUGGGGAGCUAUCCUUACUGGUGCUCAACUGUAUUUCUUCAGGAACACGACCUGGAUUAAGAAUCUGAUGCACCAGCUUGAAACACAUAUCAAGCAAGGUCACGAUGGCAUCCCAGUCAUAUUCAAGCCUCCUCUAGAUCAAUUCAAGCCCGACGCGCUAAUGUCAACUGAUGAUGCGGUAGCCUUGUUGGACUCUACGUACAAGAAGCACAAGAAUGCGUUCGUUUUUGUUAGACAUGGCGGAUUUGAAGAGACAUUCCUAGCCGAUAAUGAGCAAGAGAUGAAUGAUUGGCUUGCAAAGCUCAAUUACGCUGCUGCAUUCCGGACAUCAGGGGUCCGAAUGCGAGGUGUGGUCGGUGGGAAUUACGAAGGUCAACGAAGCCGCGGCAUUCGACGACUGGAUAGCACCAACGAGUCAACCAAAUCGAUUCAAACUCCGACCGGUGAGGUUACUAUUGUGAGUGGUAGAAUUGACGCAAAGAUGGCCCAAGAUAUUCUUGCAGCACGUCGCGAGAUCAUGCUGCAAAAGAUUGCAGAUGCAGAGGAAAAGUUAGCUGUCGCUCAGAAACAGCUCGAUGCACAGCUGAGAAAUGCCCGACAUCUUCAGAUUCUCGCACCUAUCCAACAAAAGAGCCGGGAGCAAGUUAUCUUGGCUGCUGGUAGGAUGGCGGCUCAAUUAAAGUGGGGAAGAAUGGAGAUAUGGAGAUUGAAGUGCCACAAGGAUAUUUUGACGAUGGAUCUAGAAGAAGAACGGGGUGUCGAUACUUCCGUUCCUCGUACUGAGAUCGUAGUAGAAACACCCACGUCGGAACGGACUGCUCUUGCUCGUUUGCAUUCGAAAGCAAGUAGUACCCUUGCUGCACAGAGAACCCCGCGGUCUCCAACUUCCCACUCUGCCAACAGACCAUCAACCUCGACGACUCAAACCCCAGCAAAAGAGUCCGAAAAUGCAAUGGAUGAUAUUUUCUCAACACCACCGACACUCACCACAACUUCCAGCUUCCACAAACAGCAAGCAUCAUGGGAGCUGCCUCCACUCGCUUUCGAUGCUACUAGCCCUCGCAAAGCAUCAUUUUCAAGUGCUGCUCCACCAGGCAGCCCUGAUCUAGAUCCAACCCCAUCAAGAUCGAGUUUGAAACCUGUGACUUCAGGUGAUGCUCAGCGCGCACCUUCGCCGAAUAUUGAUGCCGCUGAGCAGGCUGUACUCGAGCAGGCAGGACUUGUUGGAGCAGAGAGGACGCCAGACAGCAAGCGUCACACACUUGAAAAUGAGGAGAGUAAGGACCGUGUAGCUGAGAAGGAGAAACUUGAUCGAGGCAAGAUUCGAAGAAGUUUGCAUCGCACUCUUCGUGAAGGUCACGUUCCUUCGCACCACCGAAGUCGAAAGGGAAAAGACUCAUCAUCAAGUGCUGGUAUGUUUGAUGAGGCUAAGGAAGAUGUUUUGGCUCGUGGCACUGGAAGCUUUGUUGUGCACGGUAAGAAGGCAUCCGUUAUCACCUUCGGCUCAGAGCUACAGAGCAUGUCUCCUGAUGAGCGAUUGCGACUACGCAAGCAGCCGCAUAAAGAUGAGCCUGGUUUUCUUUCACCUGCGACAAUAGAGGACGACUUCCAUUCUGUUCUUGCAGAGCCAUACGAGUUCCACGAACGUCACGACUCGGCUGCAACGACAAGCACCAUGACCGCGCGAAGCUUCCGAGAGUUACAUAAGAAGCUACGAGAUUCAAGCGCCGCUGCAGUAGUCUCGGAUGGAGAAGACAGUGAAGCAAUCUCUUUCUCAGAAGGCAGACGCACUCCUCUUCCACCCGUCGAAGACGAGAACGAGGAAAGCAAUAGCAGUCGACCCAGCAGUCAAAACCAACAGGCCAUGUUCUAUUCCGCAACCAACUCCCCGGUCCGAGACGCCUUCAACGAGAAAAACAGCCGUGUCAGCGAACACGAAGAUCGAGAAGUAGAGACCGACAUGUUGCCAAGCUCCUCCCUCCAAACUGUCGUUAGUGCCUGAUUAUGAAAUACAGCAUAGCGCGGCGCGCAGACAAAAAGUUCGUUUACAUUCUGUGUUUUUAUUCGUUCGUGAUAUUGUGGUUUUAUUAGCGACGCUCCUUAGAGAUGGGUUCUACUUUGGGUUGGUUUGGGCUCGGCGCGAUACUUUAUGUUUUGGUUGCUUGAUUCGGGACAAAUGCGGGACAUGGUCCUGGAAUCGUUCGUUGAUAGUCGCGGCUACAUACGCGUUACAAAAGCUUGCCCUUCCUUACAAUUUUGAACUGCAAGGUUCUUUGACGGUGUAUAAUAGAUGGAAUGGAUGGAUGUUGGGCGAUGGGGAUGGCGUUCUUGUGUUUGGGACGUGCUGUAUAGGGUUACGGGGCGGUUGGAGAGGUAUGUGAGAUAAGAUGAGAUGAGUGAUGAAAAGUACGUAUGGCGAGGCAUAGCGUAGCGUAGCAUGUGAGCUGAAGAUCGGUGGAAUAUUAUAUACAUUGCUUG